AUGUCCCUAGCAGGACUUAUUAUAGACCAAGAAAUGAAUCACAACAAGAAAUCAUUCCACAGAAGAAACGAUUCUGGCGAGCUCGACGUGUUCGAAGCCUCAAGAUACUUCUCAGGGUACAAUGAAGUUAUUGGAUACACUAAUAACUCUACUUGCACACAGAAAGUGAUAAGAGAAGAAAGGAAUGGAUACAGAGGAAGAAUAAGCUUAGACAUGCCAAUGAGAACCUUACUUCCGCAACAAUUCAACGGUGUCGAUCAGAAACAAAUAAAAGACAAGAAACACAACAAACAACCUAGCUCACCGGGCGGUAGACUCGCGAGUUUCUUGAAUUCUCUCUUCAACCAAUCAACUUCAAAAAAGAAGAAAUCAAAAUCAAGUUCACAAUCCAUGAAAGACGAAGACGAGAGUCCUGGUGGAAGACGAAUGAGAAGAAGCAGCAUUAGCCAUUUCAGAAGCUCGAGUACCGCAGAUUCAAAAUCCAUAUACUCUUCUUUGAGUUCUGGUUUUAGAACUCCUCCUUAUGUAAACACUCCAACUAAGGGAUGCAAGGAAUUCAAAACGUUAUCGGAACAAAAUCAUGCUGCGAAAACAAACUUCAACGGAUUUGUAAAACCAUCAUCAACCACUUUGCAAAAUGAGUUGGGUUGGGAUGAUAAGAAAAGGAGAAACUCAACUUCGUUGAGGGAUAACUACAAACAGUUGGUGGACAAAAAAUACUAUGAAGAAGAAAAGAGUGAUCUUAAGAAAUUCAAUGAUUUUGAUGAUGGUGCAGAAAGUGAUUCAAGUUCUGAUCUGUUUGAAUUGCAAAACUAUGAUUUGUGUCACAAUUCAAGUGGUUUACCUGUCUAUGAAACUACCAACAUGGAUAAUAUCAAGAGAGGAUCAACAAUUUCCAAUCUAUCUCAUUGA